GUUGAAUAUAUUUUUAUUUUGUGACGUUGGAUGUAUUUCUUUCUUUUUGUUUUUAAUUAUGGUUUUAAAGCGAUAUCAACAGUUACAAAAAUCAGAACUCUUUGAGUUUUUGAGUGAUUUCGAAAAGACAUAUGACUUUACUUCAUCUAGUGAAAAACAAGAGUUUUUACUAGUACUUUUGACUGACAUGAUGCAACAAGACUGGGAUGAUCAAGGUAUGUUUAAACACUAUAUAAGAAUGAUAUUUGAUUCUAUAGCAUUACAGUAAAGACACAGGCACUGUCUGUCAUAAGAACCUUAGGUAGAAAUCCACUUGGAUCAGAUCCUAUUUUUACAAAAGAGGGCAUGAUUACUUUAAUGAAAUUGGCUGGUAUUUAUCAUCCCGACCAAGUGACAGACACAACAGUAUCUCGGGAAGCGCUUAAAUGUAUAGCCAAUGCUAUCUUUUUAAAUGAAGAAGCCAAGGCCUAUUUAGAACAAGAAAAGGGGCUAUAUGCACUUCAAUCCCUAUUGCAAUCUAAACAACUCAGCCUCGAGACACAAUUCCUUACUUGUCGUAUUUUGUUCUUCAUGACUGUCAAUCGACAUGAUUUAGUGCAACAAUUAAUAGAUGCAGAUAUUGCAUCUUCCAUUGAAAAAGUCUUGUCGGACAAUGUGUCUUCAUUAGAAGAUCCAGAUAAAAGAAAUAAGCUGGACAAGAACACAGUCAUCAACCCCUGGACAGUUACGAGUGAAGCAUUGAAGCUCUUGUUUAAUUUACUCUUGGUUGAAUCCCGCCAAUCAGACACACCAGAUGCCACAGACACAUUUAGACAGUGUCUUGUGCCUGUGUUCCAUUUACUGUUUGCAGUGCCUUAUCCUGAACCACAGCCACUGGCACCCCCUCAUUCACAAGGUAUUCAUGCACUCAUGCAGUUUCCCUUUGAGACGAUUGCUGUUGUAUGGCGAGCACAGAAAGAGUGGACCAAGACACUCUAUAAUACAGUAGAAGAAGGGGCCGAGUUUGUCGUGAAUAUUCUGGUCAAUGUGCUUGACCGUGCUAUUCAUGUCUUGAUACCCAAUGGUGACCCUGAUCAUACAGAUCAUGAACAACAAGCAGAUGCUGCUAUUGCCCCUGUUCUUUUGGUCUUGGCUACAUUGGCUGAAGGCAGUCCUUAUGUUCAAAAGAGCUUGAGUGCAAGAAUGUUACCCAGUACAGAAGACCGUAUCCGUCCAGUGCAUGAAGGUAAUAGUCUCCCUGCUUAUCUUAUUCGAUUCAUGACAAGCACCAUGAUGCCACAAUCCCGCAAUGCCGUCUGUGAGACAUUGUUUAUUCUGUGUAACAAAGAUGCCAACAUGUUUACACAGCAAGUGGGUUAUGGUAAUGCUAUCGGUUUCUUGGUCAACAAAGGUAUUCCCAUGGAUCCCCCUCAAGACCAUGAUGAACUACAUGAUAUUAACCCCAUCACGGGCCAAUUCACUUCUUCUGAGAAACAAGGCCCUGACCUGAAAGACAUGACAGACGAAGAAAAAGAAAGAGAAGCAGAAAAACUGUUUGUGCUAUUUGAACGAUUGAAAAAGACAGGUAUUAUCGAUGUUGAAAAUCCGAUUGCCAAAGCUAUGCAGGAGGGUAAAUUGGAGGAAAUCAAGAGUGAUUCAGACAGUGAAUAAAAUGUUUCCUUUAUAGUAACUUCUUUACAUAAAAACUUACUUCUCCUUUUUUUUUU